AUGGAUUACCUCGGUAUUAAACGAGGAUCUAUUCGGGCUGAGGGUUACAAGAAGUUGGCACUGCUUUCCCUCGAAAGCAAUGUGCUUUCUGGUACUCUGGGAAAGAAUGAUUUAAACCAGAUAUACAACAGAGGAAAGACCACCUCACUGUCUCUGAAAGCCAUGUCCCAGAACGAGUUGGACGCAUUGUUAGCUAUAUGUGCUGCUACUUCUGGCGAGGUGGAGACAUCUGGGGAAAUUGAAAAGUUGGUGGAUUCCUUCGCUAACUAUUUACUUGCUUUGCCCCACCAGCAAUUCUCAAGUUCAGUCCAUGCUUUGCUGGACAAGGACAUGCCAUGGCUUGUUUUGGGAGAGAGUCUUACAGGUGCUUUGAUAAAUUUGGCAUUCAAGAAGGACAGGCUGUACAUGUCGAAGGUCAUUGCUUCUUUUACUCGUUUCAUCGAGGCCUUUUUCAGCAACAGUGAAUAUGGAUUGUCAAAUUAUUUGGCAUUACUUGGUGUUUUGUAUGGAGCUACUUCACAUGCGCAAUUGUUUGCCGCUUCAGAGAAAGGCUUCAAUUUGUUUCGUUUAUUGGACACAUGUAUCGAUAACGUCAAAUUCUUGAAGCCUCUUCACGAGUAUUCAAGCAACCUCUUUGACUCACCGGAAAUCCGCUACUGUUGUGGAAAAGAAAGGAUGUCUAUAUUCUCACCAAUCUUGUUCAUUGAUGCAUUGGGCGACUUGAUGUGCCAAAUUGCUAAUUCUGUUUUAGGAAAUUCAAGCAAGCCUUUGCUAGAGUUUUUAGUCUCCAAAGCAUCAGAAGGUGCGCAAGAAAUAUCCGAAACUGAAUCGCUCGCAACUGCUGAUGAAGUACUCCCAAAGCAGAAUGGGGUUUAUGACAACAAUUUAGUCGAUCGCACAAAUGCUCUUCUGGUUUCUGCUUCAAAUAUAUCUGAAAGUACCUCCACUAGGAGUUUCAAGGAAAGUGUGGUACAGAGAUUGGCCGAAAAUGCUCUUAAAAAAAUUGAAGUUUUGGACUACGGCGAAGUUUAUAUCAUCUACUCGUCCAUGAGCAGGUUGAAGCUCGGAUACUCUGCCAAGAGUAAGUUCCUACUGGUAUUUCUGUGCGGUGUAUUCAAUGAUAUAAUUGACGAACAGAUAUCCAAAAACACAUUUCAGAAUUCUUUGGGAAUCCAUGAUGCUUUGUUAGAUCACCACCUUGGAUCUAGUAUUAUCCAAUUGGGCUCUUUGCUUGUUUUCAAAGAUCAGUCUCUUGGUUCUUCUCUUACAAGAGCGUUUACGUCUCUUGUAGCGGAUCCGAAAUUAAGUGCGGUGCAAUGUCAAGUGAUUUCUAAAUGUGUUGGACUAGCAAGCAGAGUUCUUUCGCAGGAUACAGUCGUGACAACAAUCUAUGCCUUAUCGAAUUUGCUUUUUGUCGAUGAUGACUUACAUUUGCAAUCUCGUAGCAGAAAACACUCUAGCUUGAGAAAUGAAUUGUCGGCAAGCUUAAAUGGGUCCAGGCAUAACGAUGCUAUUAGUCACCGGCUGAGCAAAACCAAUGCAUUGGCAAAGAAGAAAAGUUUUGGAAACGAUAUAGCUACUUUGAAUGAAGGAGAAUAUGAGGAAGUUACGGCAAAUGCAAUCACUGCAAUCACUGAGGUGGUUGCUGCCUGUGGCGACGAAAGUGUCAGUACUUUGGCUGUUACGAUCUUAUCUCAAAAAGUGAUCAAGUUCAACACUUCAUUAACUCCUUUACUUUUGAAAGGCUUGAUAUCGUGCGCCCCUUAUUUGCCGUCCCGGGAGUUUGUCAUUUUGGUAAGACUACUUCACAAAUUGUCUUUUGAUGCUUUCCAGGAAAAGAAUUACCAUUCGUUAGAUGUACUUAAAAGUGCCAGAUGUGAUUUAGCAAGAAAGCUUGACCAGUCCAACCCAUUAUACACUGUCUACUUAUCUGAAAUGUUGGCAAGUAUAAUAAGCAAAGGCGACGUCCAGGUUUUGGAUCACCAUCGGUCACAUAACGAGAUAAGCGCCAUCGGUGAUCAAAUUUCCAUUUAUUUAAAACCGCUAGCUGAGCUUUUACCAAAAGUUUAUAAGGAUGAAGAGCCAUUUAAAACCACAGACAGUGCGCUCAUUGAUCUUUUCCGAAACAUUUGGUUCAAUAUGGUUGUUCAUGGCUAUUCUAUCAACUCAGAGAAUUCUAAAAGAUAUGCCACAGAACUUAAAAUCAUUGCAUACAAUACUCCCCCAUUGGCAUCAGACCUUUCCUGGGAUAGGACUGAGACAUCAUUAGAGUUGAAUACUGUCUUGAAAAGAGGAUCGUCGAAUCAUAAUGUCAAGGAUCAUAAACAUAUUGUCGGCGAUAUUUUCGAAACCCCUCGUACAAUGUCGUAUUCUAAGUUAAUGUUUUUGGCAGCAGCCAUAUUUGUGGAAUCCUUGAGAGUGAAAAGUGGAGAUUGUCACACAAUAUUAAGAUAUUAUUCAGACCCUUCGAUGAAAACAAGUGGAAUUGAUAAGUACCUUGGACCUAUUGCUUUCAAGAUCAACAAAGAUUUCAUUGCUCUCAUCAACUGCGGGGCCAAUAAACAAUUUUGUGCAGAAAAUAUUGCAAAUCAGCUUACAUCCAUGUUAACUCUUUGCUGUUACGGGCUUGUGGAUUUACAAGACGCUGCAAUAAAGUGUUGCGACUUGCUUAUCACGAAGGUGCCUUCUUCCUUGUGCCACCCUCUAAGCUUAUUCGCACUAUUUGACUUGUUGACGUUAUUAUACGAUAGUGUGAUGGAUGCUGAAGUAAGUCAGUACGAACCAACCUUCAUGUACAGGGCAAAGAAAACCGGGAUCCUGUUGAAGUUACCUGAUUCAUACACUUGGCGUCUCGAAACCUUUACUAGAUUUCAUGGCAAAGCCCGUGAAUGGGUGAAAUUGCUUCUUUUAAAAUGUUCAUCUGAUACAAAAAGCUUAAUUCAAUCUUACUCUUCAGAGAUUGACAAGUACCCACCGUCAAGUCAAGACAUUCAGUUCGGAACCUCAUUUGCUUUAGAAAUGGCUGGAAGCAUCAAUCCUACGGAUCGUCAUUUGUCACAUUUGCCAAAGUUAACGAAGGACUCUCCAGUGAAUUUACUCCCGACCAUUGUUUCACAAUUGGCAUGGCGGUCAAAUAUGGUAUCUGAUGUAAUGGACCGAAUGUCCUUCCAUACGAAGGAAGAAUCAAGAAAAGCUUUUUCUGUUUUAAGAGGUCAAGUAAUAUCGUUGAAAACUACCUUGCUUGAUCCUCAAAAACAUGUGAUGUUUGACCAAGUCACAGAUUUGAUGAGUGAAAUUGCUGCAUUUACUCUUAUCCAGGAUGACAAUUUGGCAGAGUUAGUGCGCUAUUUGGGUAGAGAUACCUUUCCUUGUUUUUGA